AUGGCAUCAGGGGACUCCAACAAGGAGGCAGGGGCAGGGGCUGUCUCCAGCGAGCUCAUUCCAUCCCAGUCAGAACUGGUUCUUUUCCUUGACCCCAUCCUGGAGCGGGGACCACAUCACCCUGCUGCGGCCUGUGGCCUCCCGAGCCAACAGACAAGCCUUUGGGGGACCCAGCUGGAAGGCAGGGAGCUGGGGCUGGCCCAGAGUGGAGGGGUGUGGGGGGAGCAGGAUCGGGAUCUCCCCUGUGACCCAGAUGGAGUGGUCUGUGUUUCAGGGACGGCGGCUGAUGAGCUGAGGCUGGCGGAUGGAGAGAGCCCAUGUGAGGGGCGUGUGGAGGUGGAACAUGAAGGACAGUGGGGGACAGUAUGCGAUGAUCAAUGGGAUAAGAAUGAUGCAGCCGUGGUGUGCAGACAGCUGGGGUGCGGGACGGUGGUCAGUGCCCCAGGAGGAGCUACAUACGGACCAGGCUCUGGACGUGUUUGGGUGCAUGAUCUGGACUGUGAGGGAGAAGAGGAGGCUCUCUGGGACUGCGAGAAUUUUGAAUGGCAGCAGCAGGUUUCCUGUGCCCACAGCGAGGAUGCCGGAGUGCGGUGCUCAGAACACAGGCAUUCCCGGCUGGCCGGGAGUCCCCGGCUGUGUACAGGAAGAGUGGAAGUGACCCAUGGAGACACGUGGGGCUCAGUUUGCGACUCCCAAUUCCCUCUGGAGGCCGCGACCGUCUUGUGCCGGCAGCUGCAGUGCGGGGUGGCCGUCUCCAUCCUGCGGGGAGCCCACUUCGGAGAGGGCCAGGGGCCGGUCAGGGCAGAAGAAUUCCGGUGUGUGGGGAAUGAGUCUCAUCUGUCUUUCUGCCCUAAAGUGUCUCCUCCGGAUGGGACGUGUAACCACAGCAGGGACGUCGGAGUCAUCUGCUCAAGGUUUGCAGGGUUCAGGCUGGAGAACGGCAGCUCCCGCUGUGAGGGCAGAGUGGAGCUCCUGAUGAAUGGGGACUGGAGCAGCCUCUGUACCGCCCACUGGAACCUGGCAAAUGCCAAUGUUCUGUGCCACCAGCUCGGAUGCGGUAACCCCGUGUCGGCCUUCAGAGGGGUGGAGUACGGGGAAGGAAAUGGCCUUGUGUGGAACGGGACGUUGCACUGCUCAGGGUCGGAGACCAAUCUGAGAGAUUGUCCUAGGACGGUCCUGGGGGCCCCUCACUGUGCUGAAAACAUGGCCUUGGUGAUCUGCUCAGGAAACGGGACCCUGCCGUCGUCGCCGCCGUCGCAGUGCAACGUGUCCACGUGGGAACCGGCCGGACCCGGGGGCCCGCAAGAGGGCGCUGCAGAGUGCACAGGGCCUCCACAGCUCCGCCUGGCGGACGGAGGCGGGCCCUGCGCCGGCCGCGUGGAGAUCUUCCUCGACGGCAGCUGGGGCAGCGUAUGCGACGACUCUUGGGACGUGAGCGACGCCCAGGUGGUGUGCCGCCAGCUGGGCUGCGGGGUGGCCCUGAGCGCCCCCGGGGCCGCCCGGUUCGGGCCGGGGGCCGGGCCCAUCUGGCUGGACGAGCUGCGCUGCUCCGGGAACGAGUCGCACCUGUGGCAGUGCCCGUCGGGGGGCUGGGGCCGCCACGACUGCGGGCACAAGGAGGACGCGGGAGUGCAGUGCUCAGAGUUCCUGGACCUCAGGCUGGUCAGCGACACCUCGCCUUGUGCCGGGCGCCUGGAGAUUUUCUACAACGGGACUUGGGGGGGCGUGUGUAGCAACUCCAUGCUGGAUGUCACCGUGGGGGUGAUUUGCCGGCAGCUGGGCUGUGGGGACAGCGGGACGAUAGAGUCUCCUGGCACCUACGGGAAAGGAUCUGGGACUUGGUGGGUCGACAACGUUGAGUGCCGAUCCGGUGACCCUACCCUCUGGGAGUGCCCGUCUGACCCCUGGAAUGAGAAGUCCUGCUCUUGGGACGAGGAAGCCCAGAUCAAGUGUCGGCACAAUAUCCGUGUGGUAGGCAGUGAGACCAAGUGCUCUGGGCGUGUGGAAGUGUGGCACAACGGCACCUGGGGCACGGUGUGCGAUGACUCCUGGGACCUGAGGAACGCUGAGGUGGUGUGCCGGCAGCUGGGCUGUGGCUCAGCCGUGGCCGCCCUGGGGGAGGCUGCGUAUGGUCCGGGCACCGGGCCCAUCUGGUUGGACGAGGUGGUGUGCAGGGGCCGAGAGGCCUCUCUUUUGGACUGCCCCGCGGGGCCGAGGGGGCAAAGUGACUGCGAGCACAAGGAGGAUGCGGCGGUGAAUUGCUCCGGCAUUACAGAGACCAUGGCGGCAUCAGCCCCUGCCCCAGGAGCCACGGGGACCACAGUCACAACGCUGUCCAACCCAGGUAACUGCCCCAGCUGCGGGUGA